AUGUCGCUAGCUAGGACAGUCCGAAUCAUCAGAGAGGCCGGCUUCGCCCGCUACUGGCGCAAUCUCAACGUGCUGGGAGAUGCCAAGGGUGGCAAGCUCGUAGGAGAGGACUCGAUUGGCAACAAGUACUACGAGGACCCGGAUGAGAUCCCAGGUCGUCAUCGAUGGGUGGAAUUCAAGUCGGCUGACUUCAACGCCAGUCAGUGUGAGCCCGCAUGGCACGCAUGGCUGAAGCAUAUCCAGACAGAGCCGCCUACAACAAACCCAAGGAUGCAGAACAAGCAUACAUGGGAGUCGGCUCCGCAAGAGAAUCUGACAGGAACGCGAGGGAUGUUCAAGACGUACUCGACGACGAAGAGGAAAGUGCACCCUUGGGAGCCAAGUGUCGCCCCCCGAUCGUAG